AUGGGGCCAGCUAAUAAGUCCCAACUCUCUCCAAGCACCUUCUGGCUGAUGGGCAUCCCAGGACUGGAGCACCUCCACGUCUGGAUUGGGAUUCCCUUCUGCUCCAUGUACAUAGUGGCUGUGAUGGGCAACGUGACAAUCCUGGCUGUGGUGAGAGCAGAGCGCAGCCUCCACGAACCCAUGUUCCUCUUCCUGUGCAUGCUGUCAGUCACUGACCUGGUCCUCUCCACGUCUACACUGCCACGCAUGCUGUGUCUCUUCUGGAUGGGAGCUCAUGACUUUGCCUUUGAUGCUUGCCUUACUCAAAUGUUCUUCAUCCACAGCUUCACUGCCAUGGAAUCUGGCUUUUUCUUGGCCAUGGCCAUUGAUCGCUAUGUGGCCAUCUGUGACCCAUUGCGUCAUGCCAUAAUUCUCACCCACAAUCGUAUUGCCCAAAUGGGAGUAGCUGUGGUGCUGAGGGGAGUAGGCUUCUUCACCCCACACCCCAUCCUGCUCAAGCAGCUUCCCUACUGCAGAUCUCGGAUCAUUGCACACACCUACUGUGAGUUCAUGGCUGUAGUGAAGCUAGCGUGUGUGGACACAGGAGCUACCAAACGUUACAGCCUCAGCGUGGCUUCUGUCAUUGGCUCCUGUGAUGGCUUCUUCAUUGCCCUUUCUUAUGUUUUGAUCCUCCGUGCAGUCUUUCGCCUCCCCUCUAGAGAAGCAAGUCUUAAAGCUUUAGGGACCUGUGGUUCCCAUGUCUGUGUAAUUCUGGUUUUCUAUUCCACAGCUGUCUUUACAUUCCUGACCCACCGUUUUGGUCACAACGUGGCCCCUCAAGUUCAUAUCUUCAUUGCCAAUAUGUAUCUUCUGGUACCACCCUUUCUUAACCCAAUUGUUUAUGGCAUUAGGACAAAGAAAAUUAGAGAGUAUGUUGUUAGUUUUCUAAGAAUAAAAGUUUCUGAUGUUUCAAAAGUUAUCUGCAGAGAAAAUGACAAUAUAGGAAGAAAAACAGACAAGUAA